AUGCCUCAGUUGCUAGGAAACAUUGAUGGGAUCAUCCAGGCCUUCAGCCGCUAUGCCAAGACCGAGGGUGAUUGCACCACACUGACCCGCGGGGAGCUCAAAAAGCUCCUGGAGCAGGAGCUUGCCGAUGUCAUUGUGAAACCUCAUGAUCCUGCCACGGUAGACCAAGUCUUCCGCCUACUGGAUGAAGAUUCCAAAGGGACUGUGGAUUUUAAGGAGUUCCUUGUGUUGGUGUUUAAAGUGGCCCAGGCUUGCUACAAGACACUCAAUGAAGGCCCUGAAGGAGCAUGUGGAACUCAAGAGCCAGGAAGCCAGCGUCCUGGGAGCAGCCAGCAGAUGAGCGGGGAUCAGAGCCGUCACACCAGAACAGGAAGAAUUGAGAGAGAACAAAGCCAUGGUCAGCAUGGAGGGGAAGAGCAGGCAUUCCCAGGACAAAACAGGGACAACCUGACCACAGGGACUCAGACUCGGGGACAAGACUUCACUUCUACUCAAGUCUGUGGCCAGGAUAGGCAGCCUGAAAUCCAGGGACAGAAGAGAGACAGCCAACAGAUCAGAGACAAAACUGAAGGGCAGAGGCAGACUCAGACAGGUACCACUCAGGCCAGAGAACAAGGCAGGACCCAACAGACAAGUGGGACAGUGAUUGGAGGUCAUUCUCAGACUCAGACAGGUGGUACUCAGACUAGGGAACAAGGCAGGACACAUCAGACAAGUGAAAUGGCAACUGGAGGUCAGUCUCAGAUUCACACUGGUACCACUCAGACCAGAGAACAAGGCAGGACCCAUCAGACAAGUGUGACAGUGACUAGAGGUCAUUCUCAGACUCAGGCAGGUGGUACUCAGACUAGGGAACAAGACAGUACCCAUCAGACAAGUGAAACGGCAACUGGAGGUCAGUCUCAGAUUCACACUGGUACUAAUCAGACCAGGGAACAAGGCAGGACCCAUCAGACAAGUGGGACAGUGACUGGAGGUCAUUCUAAGACUCAGACAGGUUCUGUUCAGACCAGAGAACAAGGCAGGACACAUCAGACAAGUGAAAUGGCAACUGGAGGUCAGUCUCAGAUUCAUACUGGUACCAAUCAGACCACGGAACAAGGCAAGAUCCAACAGACAAGUGAUAGAGGGGCUGGAUGUCAUUCUCAGACUCAGACCGGUGCUGUUCAGACCAGAGAACAAGAAAGGACCCAUCAGACAAGUGAAACAGUAACUGGAGGUCAGUCUCAAAUUCACACUGGUACCACUCAGACCAGGGAACAAGGCAGGAACCAACAUACAAGUGUGACAGUGACUGGAGGUCAUUCUCAGACUCAGACAGGUGGUACUCAGACUAGGGAACAAGGCAGUACCCAUCAGACAAGUGAAACGGCAACUGGAGGUCAGUCUCAGAUCCACACUGGUACCACUCAGACCAGAGAACAAGGCAGGACCCACCAUACAAGUGUGACAGUGACUGGAGGCCAAUCUCAGAUUCAUACUGGUACCUCUCAGACCAGAGAACAAGGCAAGAUACAACAUACAAGUGAUAAAGGGGCUGGAUAUCAUUCUCAGACUCAGACAGGUGCUGUUCAGAUGAGAGAACAAGGUGGGACCCAUCACACACGUGAAACAGCAGCUGGAGGUCAGUCUCAGAUCCCCACUGGUACAACUCAGACCAGAGAACAAGGCAGGACCCACCAACCAACUGUGACAGUAACUAGAGGUCAGUCUCAGAUUCACUCUGGUAUCACUCAGACCAGAGAACAAGGCAAGAUCCAUCAGACAACUGAUACAGUGACUGGAGAUCAGCCUCAGGUUCAUAUUGGUACCUCUCAAUCAAGGGAACAGGAUCAGAGCCAUCAUAAAAAUGAGAGGAUGACUGGAGGUCAGUCUCAGAUUCAUACUGGUGCUACUCAGGCCAUUGAACAAGGCAGGACCCACCAGACAAGUGUGACAGUAACUGGAGGUCAAUCUCAGACAGGGGGUACUGUCUCCCAACAAUGGGAAACUGGCUAUGGCCAGACUAGAGGGACAGAGACUCAAGUACAAGAAAGGGGCCAGAUAACAAGAGAAACAGUGUUAGGGGGACAGACUCAAACUCAAACAGGGGAAUGGGCCCAGUCAGGAGGGGGAUGGGGCCACGUAACAAGAGAAUCUCUGCAGGAGGGCCAAGGUCACACUCAGAUGGAGAGCUCUUUGUCUGGGACACAAGGCUGGAGUAGCAGUCAGCCAAGAUGCAGUGUGACAGGAGGGUUGCAGGAGAGUGAUGACUGCCAGACCCAAGAACGUACUACUAGAGGACAGGAGUGGGACAGACACCAGACAAGGGAGACGGUGGUUCAACAGCAGGACCAGCAGAUAAGGGAAUCAGAAAUUCAUGGUCAGGAGACCACCCAGCUUGGAGGAGCAAGCCAGGCUCAGGGAGGAAAGCGAGGCCUCACUGCCCGUGGCCUUUACUCCUACUUCAAAGGCAGUAAGCCAUGA